AUGUCGUUGAACAUGGUGAGUGAAUGGUUGAUAUUCGAAACACCGCGGUCGCUGAAAAAGGCCCCCUCUGGGGUCGAUGCAAGUGCGCUCCGCUGUAAAACGGCGCGAAACGUGUGAAUACGAACGCAACUGGCGUUGUGUGCAUGUCUAUUCAACAUUCUAGUUAUUUAGCAAUUGGUCAUUUUCCUGUUUACAGACAGAUAUCACGAUGUCAACGAAGAAGAAAGUCUCCGAGGCGACGUCCCACUUACGAGUGGCGGUCCGCGUCAGGUAUGGUAUUCAAAAAACUGACCCCAUUAUGCAUUCACUUAUCUUUUCAGACCAAUGAAUGGAACGGAAAGAAGCGAAAAAUGCUCGAACAUUGUGAAAGUGGAGAAAUCCAAAAUGACAGUGAGCCUGAAAGGAAAAUCGUUUGGGCCAUUCUUUCGCGUAUACGACGCUGACACGACUCAAUCGGAUAUUUACGAGGAUCUGGUUUCAUCGCAGAUCAAAAAAGUGAUCGCCGGAUUCAAUUGCACCGUGUUUGCGUGAGUUGAAACUGUUACUUUUGUUAACUUCGAACAGAUCGAUUUCAGGUAUGGACAAACUGGAACCGGAAAGACUUUCACGAUGGAAGGAGGCAGAACGGACGUGAAGAGCUCCCACGACGACCCGACAACUGGAAUCAUUCCGAGAGCAGUUGAGGACAUUUUCGAACAGUUGGAAACAUUGGGUUGUGAGGAAUAUUCGCUCCGUGUCAGCUAUGUAGAGUUGUACAACGAAGAGCUGUUCGAUCUGCUCGCUUCUGCCGACUCCGACGACCGCGAACGUCUCCGCAUUUUCGACGAUCCCAACAAGAAAGGGGUCAUCGUCUCUGGCGUCGAAGAAGUGCCUGUUCGCAAUCGGGCAGAUGUCUUCAAGCUUCUCGAGAUCGGAGCAGAAAAGAGAAGAACGGCGGCCACGCUAAUGAAUAUGCACAGCAGCAGAUCGCACAGUCUGUUCAUGGUCAACGUAGUCGUCCGGGAGAACACGCACACUGGAGAAGAACUGGUCAAACAGGGAAAACUGAAUCUUGUGGAUUUGGCCGGUUCAGAGAAUAUCGGACGGUCUGGAGCCCAAGGAAACCGCGCGAAGGAGGCUGGCUCGAUCAAUCAGUCCCUUUUGACUCUCGGAAGAGUCAUUCGCUCUCUCACCACAAGCGCCCAGCAUAUUCCGUACAGAGAGUCGAAACUGACUCGUCUUCUGCAGGACAGUCUUGGUGGAUCGACGAUCACAUCUCUGAUCGCUACGAUGUCUCCGUCGAGUUCGAAUUUCGAAGAGGGUCAAAGCACUCUGGAAUAUGCGAUGCGGGCGGCGAACAUCAAGAACAAACCAGUGUGUAACACGAAAGUUUCCAAGAAAACGAUUCUCAAGGAAUAUUCCGAUGAAAUCGAGAAGCUGCGGCGGGAUCUUCGGGCUGCCCGAGAGAAAAACGGAGUUAUCAUCAGCGAAGAAUCGCAUGAGGAGUUCCAACGAAAUACGGAGAAAGUGUACGAACUGGAGCAGCAGCUGGACUAUGUUGUGGAUCGUCUUCGCCGCUUCACAGAAGAUCUGAUGCACAUGGACGAGCAGUACAAGCAGUUAUACGAACGAAAGGGCGCACUGGAAGACAGACUGAGAGAACGUCUCCGUGAAAUGGCCGAAAAGGAGAAGGAGUUGGCAGACACAAAAGACGAGCUCUCGAACUAUAUGGAAGCUCUCGGGCAGAUGCACACCGCCUCACUGAAAUCGUUCGACCAACUCCUGAAGACUCACGACGCCGCCGAAGAAAUGGUGACGGAUUUGAGAGCAUUCUGGAAAAAGGUUGACGAGAUGAAAAAAGCAGAUGACACUAAUAAAAGUACAGUGGAAGUGUUCAUGACGAAGGUUUUUUUUUAAAUGAAAGUUUCUAGUUGAGCAAUUUUUGUUUUGCAGAUGAACGCGUUCGUCGUCAAAAUGACAGAGCAGACCGAGUCUAUGAAAGUAGACGCGACCGCUGUGGUGGAGGAGUUGGUCGACGAAAUACAGCCUGCAUGUGAAGAGCUCGACACGCUUUCCGAGGAAAUCGGAUCAAAAAGGCAAACACUGGAAGAUGUUUCCACGAUCUGUUUCAAAAAUGCAGCAGCCAUCGAGAAGAGUGCCUCAGAAAAAGUGACUGGAAAGUCUACAGACAUUCGUGCGGAAUGGGAGACCGCUCUUGUGAGUAUAUUCAUUCUGCUCUCUUUCAAAUUUGUCUUGUUCAGAAGACUGUUACUCGUUACUACAAAGGAUAUUCUGAAAACUCGGAUGCGCUCAAAACAGAGCUCUUGGAAAGGCUCGACGAGGUCAAGCGGCAAGUUGCCGCCUUCGCUGAUGACGUUCGACCACUUCUCACCGAAAUUCGCGGAACAGUCUGCGAGAAUGUCGAGGAGCGCACUGAGAAAAGCAAAGAAACUGUGGACUUUGUGAAAGACACGUACUCGAAAAUGGCUGAGAACAUGAAGAAAAUGCUCAUUCAAUUCGAACAGUUGGCAUUGCGUGUGGAGAAGGAUCACGAAGAGUAGGCAGUAUUAUAUACACAAUUUGUGAUCGGAAUGUUUUUUUCCAGACAAGUCGUUGCGGAUCAAGUCGCCGAGAGCAAGAUUCUCUCCGAUUUGAAUACUGUUGAAACCUUGGUUCAAUCAGUCGAAGACAUUGUCGAAGAGCAGUGUGAUGCGACUGAAACGAGCGGCAAAGUCGACGAAGCUCUCAAGACCAUCGAUGCCGACUUUGACGAGACUGUUAAGUCAGCGGGAAGAGCAGCGGUCGAGAAUGAGAAUAGGCUGACGGUAUAGUAGUGCUAAACUGAAAUUGCCAAUCAGUUCAUGUUUUCAGAAGCUCGUGACCGACCUCUGCAGUGAUGCCGAAGCCAAUCGUUCCGAAUCGAUGACCACAUUGAGUUCGUUGUUCCAGAAUCUCUCUGAGUGUGGCAAGAAGUGUUCGGAGGCCGGUGAGAAAAUCUAUGCGAGUGUCAAUGAAAGCGGCGAAAAGAUGGUAAUAACAGGGAGGUUCUCAUUUGCUAAGUUGUAAAUUUCCAGAAAACCGUACUUAACGGAACCGAAGAGGCCUCGACGGUUUGCAUUCAAGAGGCGGAAGACGUCCUCAGUCGAGUCAGUCUUCAUCACGUCAAUCCAACAGGUGGGUGCUAUUCAAAUUGUAGAAACGUUUGAAACUGCGUUUCAUCCUGACUAAUCUUUUUUCAGAAAACGUUCCCGAGCGCGUUGUUCCCUCUUACCCGCGCCAGGAUGAAUUGAACUCGCCCCCAGAGCCGGAGACGUUGCUGAUCGUGUCGGAUAACGCGGACGAGAGUGUCGAGUCGAAUGACGGAUAUCUCGCGAAAAAGAAGAGACGCGUCACUUCGUUCGUCAGACGAGACAGUCUUCUGGACACGACCAACACGUUUAUGAGCCCGACUUCGAUGCAAAAGAAGCGUGAGCAGACGAUCGAAGAGGAGGAGGGCAUGGAGAACUGA